UGAUUUCAUUGAAACUUUAAUUUAUUAUUAUUAUUCAAUUAAAUUAAAUUAGAUUUAUGAGUAUAAAUUUGGAUUAAAAUAAGUAAUUUUCUUUAUGUCAUUGACAAAUUAAACAAAUUACACUUGAAUCAUUUAUUGUAUAAAUAUAACAUUUACAUAUAGUAUUAUUAUUAUUAUUGUUUUAAUAAUUACAAUAUGACUGAUCGUCAUCAUCAAUAUAAUAAUAAUAAUAAUAAUGAAAAACAUUCAGUUAUAGAUGGAAAUUGUACAAAAGAUGAUUGUAUAGCAUUUAGUAAUAUAAAAGAAAAUCGUACAUCUAAUACAAGUAUUUUUAUUGAUAAUGAACAUAAUAAAACUAGUCAAAAUUCAUUUCAUUUAUGGAAUUCACAUAAAUAUAAACAUGUAGACAUUUGGAGACCACGUAAUAAAUGGGAGUUUUGUUUUAUAUUUGCAGUGAUAAUUAUUGUAAUUUUAUUGAUUAUAUUUAUUAGUUUAUGGGGAGCUCAAUUAAUUGUUAAUCAAUAUAACCCUUGUUUAGAACCUACAUGUAUCAAAGUUGCUGCAGAAAUUCUUAGCAAUAUGGAUACAAGUGUAUCACCUUGUGAUGAUUUCUUUGCAUAUUCCUGCAAUGGGUGGAUAAAGCAUAAUUAUAUACCACAAGGUCAUAAUUCUUGGUCUGUAAUGCGUAAACUAUCCAAAUAUGACGAGCAUUUUACCAAAGAACUACUUGAAAAUCGUUCGCAUACAGACACUAGUCGUGGUUUCACUUUGGCACAAAUAUACUAUAAUUCAUGUAUGAAUGAAUCUGUUAUUGAAAGUCGAAGAUUGACACCUCUUUAUGAUUAUAUUAAAAAAAUAUUUAAUGGUUGGUUAUUACUUCCGAUUGGGAAUCCAGCAGCCGGGGAACAAAAUGCUAAUCUUUUUCGUCCUGGCACAUUUGAUUUAACAGAUAUGUAUUUACCUCUGUUGAAGUAUUUAGGUGCAACACCAUUAUCCCGUAUUUUAGUUGGACAAGAUCAGAUGAACUCCUCUCGAUUUGUAAUAGAUCUUACAGAAGGAUAUCUUAGUUUACAAAGAGAAUAUUAUGUAAACGAUUCGUAUCCAGCUUAUUCAAAAAAAACUGAAGCAUUUCGUCGAUUUAUGCGGAAUUAUUCCCUCUUGUUAGGAGUGCCAAACUCGUCGUUACAUGAAGUAGAUAAAAUUUAUGAAUUCGAAAAACAGAUUGCAUUGAGAACUGAAGACCGUAGCGAAAGAGACCCGGAGAAAAACUACGAACUUGUUACUCUACAAAAUUUAUCUUCUAUUUGUCCUGUGCUUAAUUGGACGAAAUUAUUUGACUAUAUAUAUGCACCACUAAACUUCAAGCUUUCUCAAGAUCAAGUGAUCGCAUUACAUGAUCGUACAUUCUUCAGAGAACGAUGUGCUUUAUAUGAAGAAUAUUUGAAAACAGAGGACGGUAUUCGAACUUUACACAAUACUGCUGUAUGGCAUUUAAUGUGGAGAACAGUCCCACGUAUGCCAAAAGAAGUUAAUGAAAUGUUGGAAGAAUACAGAGAAGCAGAACUAGGAUUGAAAGUUGAUCCGGAUCGCUGGCAGAUGUGCGUUAACGAAGUACAAGUUCCAUUCGGAAUGGUAAUUGGUAGACAUUUUGUUCACGAAAGAUUUAAUCAGAAAAGUAAGGAAGCGGCUACAGAAAUGAUAACUGAAAUUAAGACGGCAUUUAAAGAGAAUUUCGCUAGUGUCGAAUGGAUGCAAGAAGCUGAUAAGCUUAAAGCAAUUGAAAAGGUGGAUUCAAUGAAAGCUUCAGUUGGUUAUCCACAAAAUAUUGAUAAUAUAACAGAAGAAAAUAAGUCGUUUUCAUAUUUUGUUGAUUUGAAUGAAUCAACUUAUUUUGAAAAUGCAUUACAUUGUUCUGAAGCAUUGUUUCUUGAUAUUCUACGGGAACUGAUAAUCCAGGACCCAGAUAGAUGGUCUUUACCAGUUCAUAUUGUAAAUGCAUUUUAUAAAGAAAAUUCAAAUCAUAUAUUUUUUCCUGCUGGUAUACUACAAAGUCCAUUAUAUCAUCAUGAACAACCGUUAUCAUUAAAUUUUGGUGGAAUUGGUAUGGUUGUUGGACAUGAAAUAACUCAUGCUUUUGAUCAACAUGGUGCUAAAUUCGAUGCUAAAGGAAAUAUGCGAGACUGGUGGAGUGCAGAAACAUUGUCAGCUUUCGAAAAAAAUUCACAAUGUAUGAUUGAUCAGUAUAGUAAUUAUUCAAUUCUUAAUACAAGUCUUAAUGGAAAAAUGACAUUAGGUGAAAACAUCGCUGAUAACGGAGGUCUUAAAGCAGCCUAUAAAGCAUUUAAAAAGUUGGAAGCCAAAUAUUCCGACAAACCUAUAUUGCCUGGUUUAAAAUUCACUCCAGAUCAGUUAUUUUUCAUUGGAUUUGCCCAGCUAUGGUGCAUUAAAAGCCUCCCUCAAUCAGUUCUUAAUACUGUGCUUUUUGAUGUCCAUACAGUGGAGCAGUACAGAGUAAUUGGUACCAUAACAAAUUCAAAAGAAUUUGCUAAAGUUUUCAAUUGUCCUGCAGGAUCACCAAUGAAUCCUGUAAAGAAAUGUCAUGUUUGGUAAAUAUUAUUACGUAUUAUAAUUUUAAACAAAACGCUAUGUUUCAAUCCUAUUAUUCCAUCUCAUUCCCAUUUUGGAUAAUUUGGGCAAUUUCACAUAAACAAUUCUUCAUCAGUAUUAUCACUAUCGUCUUUGUUGUUGAAAUGAUCUUUAUUGUUAUCAUUAUUAUUAUUAUUAAUAUUCGUACAAAUUUUUAUGCAAAUAAAUGAAACGUGAUUAAGCUCAAUUCCAAUACUUGAUAAUAAAUGUCUUUUAAUUAUGUCAAUAUAUUCCUAAGUAGAUGGAUGUGCUUGUGCGUGUGUGCGAGUGUUUAUAUGUAGUUCCCUUUGUUUUGAUGUUUUUAUUAAGGGGAAAUAUAAACUUUCAAUCUAAAUGUAUUCAUAUGGUUACAUACUCUUAUAUGUGUAAAUGUUAAUGUGUUUACUUGUAUGGAAUAUAUCUCUAUGUGUAUGUGUAAAUUCAUUUACAUUCAUACAUGAAGAUCUUUAUCAAUCGACAAUUCCUAUCAAACUAAUGAACAUUGAAUUUGUGAUCUUACAUAAUCGUUUGUAAUUUUCAAGAUUUUUCAUUAUGAUUAAUAAUCAGAUUAGUAGUGGAUAUAAUUUUUGUUUCUUUUUUUUCUUUCUUUUUUUCGUUAGUUCUUGUUUCAGUCUUUUUUUUCUAAUUACAUGAUUAAACGAAAAUAAAAUAAUAAUCAUUCGCUUCAGUUAUAUAUUUCUUUUGUGCUUUUUUGUAUUCUUCUGUGAAUAUUUUGUGCCUGACCUUGAAAUGAAUAAAGAGGGGAACAAAAGAGAAAAACACAGUAAAACAAUCUAUUUUAGUAAAGUUCUUAUCAUUUACACAUUAAGAAAACCUAAUAUUUGUAUUACAGUGUAUUCAACAUGUUUGUUUUGUUUUGUUUUUUUAUUUAUUUUAUUGUCCAAACAUAAAAUGUGUUUUUUUAAAAAGGAAUAAUGCAAUGGGAUAUAUAUGUGGUCUAGUUUUCUGUUGAAUGAUGAAUAAUGUAUUUAAUAGUUAUUGUGAUUUUAUCUUCAUUAUUACUGUUUGAUCAUUCAGUUAUCUGAAAAUCUAUUAAGUUAACCAAUAAUAUUUUUUGUUGAAACUCCAAUGGUAUUCGUCAUCGUACAUGUUACAUUUGCUUAAACAUAUGAUAAAUCUUGGUUCAUCUUUAGAUCUAAGGGGGGUUUAUGACUUUCACUCAUAACAGAUUAGCUAGCGCUUUAUGAAUAAAAAGUGUAAAUACUAGCGAAAUAAAACAUGUCAUGUUUUAUAGUAAAGCUUGAUAUUGUUGAAAGUAAUGCUAAAGUGCUUUGAGCAUGGAUGAAUACUGUAAACAUAUUAUAUAAUUUGUAAAUAAAGCAAUUCAGGAGAUCGACAUCCUACUGUUUUCUAUAAAGUUAAUGACUGAUUUAUUAGGUCAGUUCAGUGAACAUUGUUAAGGAUGUGAAACAAAAAAAUAUUCUUCAUAAAUACCUAUAUUAACGAUACCUAUACAAAGUGAUUUUGGUAGAUAGAAAGCUAUUCGAGUUAGGGUUAUCGGAUUUUAGGUGAGCUAUGAUUUAUAAAAAUUUUAAAAACGAUUUACUAUAAUAUAGUCUUUUAUGCAACACUCUUCAUUUAUAAACUUGAAUAAGCAAAGAACAAAGUAUAGAUACUUUAUGUUACAUACAUCAGAACUAAACUGAGAUAGAAUAAUAAUAAGAGACCAUAAUAUGGGAAGAUUAAAAUUGUUCAAAUGUUCGCUCAUUUAUAGGUUAAGUACAUGAAUAUUCUAGAGAAGUAUGGAAACAGAAUAUUUUCUACUCGAAACAGAAGAUAAAUUAUGUAAUAUAUAGACUAGUUGAGUAAAUCUCAGUAGUAAGAAUUAAGAUAUUAGAUUAUGUAAAGACUAUGUAAAAAUAAAAACAAAGUAUUACAUAAUAAUCUCAUAAAAAAUAACGUCAUGAGGGUAAACAUUUCUGUUUCCGUACUUUUUUAGAAUUGUCGAGGACAUUAGAUUCC